AUGGAUCUGACGCAAAACCCGGAACCACCGCUUCCCACUUCUCCCCAUGCGGCGGUCAAGGCCAAGUCAUAUCAUCCGCCAAAACUCCCAUCGGUAUCUUCCAACAUGUCACCACCUGCUCCUCCUGUAAAGGAACCGGAGAACUCUCAACUCCCUACACCACAUGCUUCGGCGACGAGCGAGUCCGAAAGUCAAAAAGAAUCAGCCUCAAAAACCACCCCUCCAAGUCCUUGGAAUUUUUCCUGCAGGCCAAAAAUUAAUAUAAAUUUUCAAAAUGGUCCCACACGCAAUAACAAAAGCGAGAGUUCUUCACUCUGUCAUCAUUUCCUUUCUCAUUCUUCUUUCAAAUUCAAUCAGAAACCAAUCAUGUCUCAACAACGCUCGCAUAUCCCGAAGUUUGGGAGUUGGGAUGCUGACAAUGUCCCUUACACAGCUUACUUUGACAACGCACGAAAAGAUAAAGGUUCUGGUGUCAUGAUAAACCCUAACGACCCAGAGGAAAACCCUGAAGCUUUUAUGGCUUAUGGAGGCGAUAACGAUGAUGUCAGCAAUGAUGAUAUCGUGUUUGCAGAUAAAAACAUAAAAUUUGGAGGCAAGAAAAGUACGACCUCAUCAAAAGUAAGUAGUGAAAGGAGUUCGAUCUCAGAUUUAUCAAGUAAGCAACAAAGUUACAAAGCAGAUCGAAAAAAGAGCUCAAACACAAACACAAGAGAAAUGACAAGUAAUUUUGCACCACCUUCACCUUCGCCCGCACCCAAUAGACCAAGAUAUGGAUAUAAUCCAGCUGACGAUAUUGCGUCGCAUAGAUCAGCAUCGGUCCCAAUGUUUGGGGCAUGGGAUGAAAAGGACCCAAGAUCUGGAGAUGGUUUUACAGUCAUUUUUCAGAAAGUCAAAGAGGAAAAACACAUUGCAGCCACCAAAUUCCCACCAAUCCCUCAACAUGAUAACCCAAAUAUCCCCAAAAAUCCUAAAAAAGAUAGCAAAGGAAUCAAGAAAUGGUGCUGUCUGUAUUAAAAAGUGAAGGGAUUGUGGCUCCACAUUGGUUUUUUAAGAAUGUAUGCAUAAUUUUUAGUUAAAUCAAUUAUGUUGUCAAACUAUUAUUAUUAAGAUUACCUGGUGUUAAAUUAUAUUUCCAAAUAUUUGUGAUUUCAACCCUCCUAUGACA